UCUCCUAGAUUCAAUCCAACUUGGGUCAUUCAUGAACUGUCAAAUUCGCCCGGGCGCCGUUCGCCACUCCCGAGGCGUAGUCUGUGGUCUUGGUACUUCCAUCGAAUCCGCCGCCAAGUCAACAAUACGCAACACACAUUGGAGCUCCAAUAGCUGUACUCGGUACCUCGGAGGGAACGGGUGGUGCUAAAUAGAGGGCGCAGAAGGACAUGCAGACGAACAAGGCGAGGGCCGAGGCGUUGGGACGGAAGGCCAAGCUCGCCAACUCGUACCAAGAACUGCUCGAUGAAUUUUCGAACAAGGACUUAAAGAAUGUCGGGAACUAUACCUUAGGGAAACUAAUAGGGAAGGGCUCCUUUGGAAAGGUUUACCUCGCAAAUCAUAAGCUCACGAAUGGCUCCAAGGUCGUCCUCAAGUCAGCCAACAAGGAUGACACCAAUCUUGCUCGAGAAAUCCACCAUCAUCGACAAUUCGUUCACCCACACAUCGCGCGUCUGUACGAAAUAAUAGUGACUGAGACGCUCGUCUGGCUUGUCUUGGAGUAUUGCCCAGGUGAUGAACUCUAUAAUUACCUUCUCAAACAUGGCCCCCUUCCGCCUGAAAAGGUUCAGAAGAUAUUCACACAGCUUGUUGGGGCCGUAUCGUAUGUACACCAGCAGUCAUGUGUUCACCGCGAUCUCAAACUCGAGAACAUCUUGCUCGACAAGCACGAGAAUGUGAAGCUAGUUGACUUUGGAUUUACGCGAGAAUAUGAAGGCAAGUCGAAUCACCUGCAGACUUUCUGUGGUACAAUAUGCUACUCGGCACCGGAAAUGUUGAAAGGCGAGAAAUAUGCUGGUGAGAAGGUCGAUGUGUGGAGUCUAGGUGUGAUUCUGUAUGCUCUGUUAUGUGGUGAACUGCCGUUUGAUGACGACGAUGAUACUAUUACAAGAACAAAGAUUCUAACAGAGGAACCAAAAUACCCCGAUCGUCUACCACCCGACGCUGUCUCGUUAAUUAAAGGUCUCCUGUCAAAGCGGCCAUUGCUAAGACCCUCACUUCCUGAGAUUCUUUCCCACGUAUUUCUCGCAGAACAUGCCCCUCAGCAGCAGGCAAUCCUCAAAUUGCACCAACCUCCUCCAUUCACUACAUAUCUUGAAAAGGACUGCCUACAACGAAUGAGGAGCGCUGGAGUGGAUAUUGACGCCGUUAUUGAGAGCGUUCUUGCUCAAAAGUGUGAUGCUUUAGCUGGUUGGUGGACUUUGUUGCUAGAGAAAGAGGAGAGGAAAGCUCGCCGACGAGAGAAGAGGAGGAAGGACAAGGAAGCCGAAAAUCGAAGUUCCCGUCGUUUCUCAGCAGCCUCGAGCAAACUAGAACGCAUGGCACCAAUCCUCGAUGAGGAUCCUAGUGGCUCUGGCAUACUCGUGGAGCACCCCCUACCAAGGACCAGAGGCCGUCAGGAAAGGAGGAAUACACAAUCCAGCGACUUGCCGAACUUACCCGAGAGUCGAGUGAAAGGCCAUUUAAGCCCGGCCACGCCGCCACCUCCAGUAGACAAGGAUUCGGUGCGUUCAGUUAGCUCGUCUCGACAACGACGACCAAUUCCACCCCCAAAGGAGGGUAUUCUCCGAAGUGCAAGGUCCAGAGGCUCAACGCUUCAUCUGGUAACUACUUCGGAUGUCCUCACAGGCAGUGAGCGACCGGUACCCAACCCUCCCCCCAAGGUCCGGAAGAAGCCAUCCCAAGCGAUCGUUGCAACAUGGAAGAAUUGGACUCACUGGAUUGUGGAAAGCACAAGGCGACACAGGCCUAAUAAGCGAGGCAGCAUGUCUACGCCUAACUUGGCUGCUAAAGACGGCCAGUCGGGCAGCAAGAAUGGAAAGGAUGCAAGUCCAAGGCCUCAUACUAGCAAAUACCCGGCAUCUACACAGAGUGCUGGCGGUGCUAGCGGUGGGAAUUCGCCGGCCUUGCCCAAUGGCAACGGUAAAGGUGCCGGAGGAGCUAGUGGAAACCCAGCUAGGAAACCUGUCCCAGCUCCCCUUUUGAUGACUGCCAAUCAUGGGCCGCACCGCUUCCCGUCUGGUUCUUCGUCAUAUAAGCGACAGUCCUUGUCGCCUGGUCCGUUAACGCCGCGCUCUACGAUGCGACGUUCGUCAAUUGGUCUUCGAGGGCGUAAGUCGACCUCUUCCUCUCUUUCGUCUGUGCGAACAAUGCCACAUCAUCAUCACUCCCAUUCAAAAGCGAGUUCGACAAGUUCCACUGGCUCAGUAUCUACAACAAAGACGCCUGGGCGCUCGCCUCAUCACUCGGUUAAAGUCUUACCAGCCACACCAACUAGCUCGUCGUUCCCAUCUAAUAUACGUCUUGUUCGCGCGCCAGCACUUGCUUUGAACUUCAACGAGGGGAUGCCGUCAUUAAAAUCAUCAGCACCAAACCCUCCCAGCUCUCCUAACCCGUUUCUAUCAAAUAGUCCUUCGGUCCUGUUCGCGAAACGCAAGCGCAGUCUUUUCAAGGGCCCGAUGCUCUCGAUAGGCAGCCAACCGCGUAGCGGAAAUAACUCGGCAAGCCAUAGCCGGAGUGCCAGUGCAAACGGAAUAGGGAGGCGGAGCGGUGAAAUCACGAUUCAGGAGGAGGACGAAGAGGCGGAAGCGGAAGCGGAAGCGGAAGAAGCUAUGAGCGGCGAUGCCGGAGCCGAGGAUGAUGUCGAAGAGGUGGAUCAGUUCAGUCCCAUCAUGCAAAUUCCCGGCGAAAAGAUUGAGGAAAUCUACGAAAACCCGGCACAAGAGCCCAGUAAACCCUAAAUCUGGCUCUACAUAUCAGCGAAGUGGGAUACAUAAUUCAAAAUAGGAGAUGGUCGUGGUUGAUUUGAUACCCUUGUGAGAAAGCGUGCAUUAUGGGAAUGUAAAAACAACAAGCUGUUGCUCUUGUUCACAAAGGAAAUUUGCACAAAGCGAAGCUUGCAUUGUUAUAUUUGUAGUAGAUACUACUUAUCUACUUACCUGGGCACUGACACCUAGGUGGGUGGGUGUUUGUAGUUGAUGUUUUCUUUUGUCUCCUUUUCUUCUUCAUUCUGGGAUGUCGAAACAGACGGUCUUAAUGUGCGAUUGGUAACUACUAUCUAAACCUUCGCACAUCU